GUGCCGUUUUCCUUGUAGUCAUGUUCAUCUUUCGUCUCAUCCUGGUUUAACUCGGAUACUAUAUAUUAUAUAUGCGGUCCCAGUUGAACAUGCAAUAUCUGAAACAAUUUUAGCAUUCAUUCCAGAAAGUGAAACAACUCUAGCAAACCAUGGGAAGUAACGAAGAAAUCAUGGUCACAGCCGAGCCAAGCAUCCAAGAUGGCUCCUUCAUGGUGCGUGGAAGGGCUCUUUUCACUGACGUGCCUGGUAACAUCAUGGUUACACCGGUAAGGGAUGGUUCAGUUUUCGUUGGAGCCACUGCAACCAGUUCAAGUUCUCGUCAUGUUUUCACUCUCGGAGUUCUCCAGGGACACAGAUUGGUGUGUAUGUUCAGGUUCAAAAUCUGGUGGAUGAUAUCAUGUUUCGGAACAUCGGGCUGUGAUGUUCCUGCAGAAACUCAAAUGCUUCUCCUGGAAGCAAGAAAAGAGACUAACAUCCAAGAUACUGAGAACACCUUCUAUGUUCUAAUACUACCGGUGUUGGAUGGACAGUUUCGUACUACUUUGCAAGGGACACCUGACAACGAACUAGAGUUUUGCAUUGAAAGCGGAGAUCCUGAUGUUCAAACCACCAAGAUUACGGAGCCAGUUUUUAUGAAUUCGGGGGACAACCCUUUAAAGCUGAUGAGGGAUUCUAUCAAGAUAUUGGAGAAGCAUAAGGGUACCUUCAGGCACAUUGAGAACAAGCAGCUGCCUGAACAUGUAGAUUGGUUUGGAUGGAACACCUGGAAUGCAUUUUAUACUAACGUUGGUCCACAAGGAAUAAUAAAGGGACUUGAAAGUUUCUCAAAGGGAGGUCGUCCUCCAAAAUUUUUGACCAUUGAUGAAGGGUGGCAAAAUCUUGUGCCUAGCUACGAUGAGGACAGAACAAAGGAAUUGGCUAGAUUACUUAAUUUCGAGGAAAAUGCAAAAUUUAAGGGCUCAAGCUUGGAUAAAUUAGGGAAUAAUCUCCGAGAUUUUAUCAAAACUAUCAAGCAGAAAUAUGGACUGAAAUAUGUAUACAUUUGGCACGCUUCAGUUGGCUACUGGAGAGGAGUGCUCCCAGAAUCUGAAGUGAUGAAAAAAUACAACCCCAAAAUUCAAGCUGUAGUUCAAUCUCCUGGUAAUCUGAGCCAUAUUAUAUGCCCAACCCUUGACAAGAUUCAGGAAAAGGGAAUUGGGCUGAUUGAUCCAUCCAAAAUUCUCAACUUUUACAAGGAUUAUAACAGCUACCUAGCAAGUUGUGGUGUUGAUGGAGUCAAGGUGGAUGUUCAGAAUGUAUUAGAACUCCUUGGUGCUGGUUAUGGUGGUCGAGUCUCACUGACUAGACAAUACCUAGGAGCCCUUGAGGACUCUGUUAUGGAAAACUUCAAUGCCAACAACCUAAUCUGCUCCAUGAGUCUGAAUAGCGACUUCAUCUACAGUGCAAAGAAGGCUGCAGCUGCUAGAGCAACUGAAGAUUUCAUGCCUAAUGGGCUAACAUUUCAGACUUUACAUGUUGCUGCUGCCGCUUUUAACUCUCUUAUUUUAGGGGACAUUGUGGUACCAGAUUGGGAUAUGUUUUACAGCGACCAUUUUACUGCAGAAUUCCAUGGUGCAGCAAGAGCUUUGAGUGGUUCUGCAGUGUAUGUAAGUGACAAGCCAGGCAGUAAUAAUUUUGACAUCAUCAAGAAGCUAGUGUUGCCUGAUGGCUCUAUCCUUAGAGCUAGACAUGCUGGCCGACCAACCCAAGACUGUUUAUUCAAUGACCCGGUCACAGAUGGAAAUAGUCUAUUGAAGAUUCGGAAUUUGAACAAGUUAUCAGGGGUUAUAGGUGUUUUUAACUGCCAAAGAGCAGGAGUUUGGCCGCCAGUUAGAGGUAGUAUAUAUAAGCCAGUCCCAGGAUCAGGAACACCCAUCUCAGGGUCUGUAUGUGCCAUGGAUGCUGAUUCACUUGAAGAGGUUGCAGGUGAGAAUUGGAGAGGAGAUUGUGCAGUGUAUGCAUUCUUUUCAGAAUCCCUUAAGACAAUGUUAAGGGACACAAAAUUUCAAGUAGCCUUGGAGCAUUUGAAAUGUGAAGUCUUUACUGUUUCUCCUAUCAGGGUUUUUGGUGAGUAUCUUCGCUUUGCUCCAAUUGGAUUGCUCGACAUGUACAACUCAGGAGGAGCACUUGAAGCCAUGAACUAUGGAAACAACCAAUCAGAAUGUAAGAUAAAGGUUAACAUGAGAGGACGUGGACGUUUCGGAGCCUAUUCCAAGACAAAACCAAAAUCUUGUGCUGUGAACCAGAACAAGGAGAACUUCAUAUACAAUUUCAAAGAUGGACUUCUGACACUCAUGCUUCAGGGUGACUGCAAUACAAAAGAAAUAGUAUUUUUCUAUUGAGAAUUAGUGCAUUGCCAAUCUGCAGCCUCUAAAACCAGCACCACUUGAUUUUCCGUGUCUUGAAGCAAGCAUGGUUUCGAUUGUCUAUGAAAAAUGUCUGGUGUAGUAUAGAUUUUACGAUCUGACUACAUGGAUGUUUUCCUGUCAUUUUGUGUAAGCUUGGUUUUCUGGUUUUUCCUUGUUUUUUUGUGUGUGUGUUAAGAAACGAUCUCAUUAAUG